AUGAGAGGAGAUGAGAGAAACCAGAAACAGCUUGCAAAUAUUUUGCUUUUUCUCGUUUUCGUCACCGUGAUUCUUAUACAACGAUUUUUGUACGAAGAAGCGAUCAAGGAUUAUUCAACAAAAAUAAUCAGCGAUGAAGUCAAUUUCUUUGGGAGCUUCAUUCGAAAGAGAAUCGAGGAAGAUAUGGAAGAAAGAAUUGAAUCUAUUGAAGAAAAUCAAGCUGAAAUCAAGGAAGAGAAAGACAUUUGGAAGUCGGUAGAGGGAAAAUACAUUGAAAAAUGCACUUACGACAGAUGCAAAUCGUAUGAAACACUUGAAGAAGCAAAGGAAAGCUGCCUGAAAAACGAUGAUUGUUUCGGAAUAACUGGAAUCAACGAUGAAUUUACAUUGAGAAGAGGCCCCAAACUUGUUGAGAGCCCUCUUGGUGAAAACUCCUGGGUUUAUGAAGGAGAUCUUGAAUGCUCAGACAAAGAAGAUGAUAUAUUUCUAGAUCUUCAGAAGCUUGAGGAAAAUUAUCCACCUCUCAAAGGAAUCAAAAGAAAAAAUAGAGUCACGAAUAAAUGUUUCUAUCCAGGCUAUCGGACCGUUAAUUCGAUCAUCCGCUUCAAUCAAAACCUCAAACCAAAAAUCCUCACCAAGCCUGACAACUGUCACUUUUCAAGCUCCGAGAAAACUUCGGUCGUUUUUGGGAUCAAAACAAUGCCUCAAUCAACUCUCGCUAGAGCGACGAUCCGAAAAACUUGGCUGAAAAAAGACAUCUGGGAAUGGCUAGGAGUCGAGAUUAAAAUUGUAUUCCUCAUCGGGAGACCGUCAGAAGAAAAUGCUCUUCAGCAAGAAAUUGAGGAGAAUAACGAUAUCCUGAUAUUGGACAUGAAAGAAAGUCAUCACGGACUGCCUUUCAAAGACAUUGCUUAUCUAAAUUUCAUCAAGGAAUCCUGCUCUUCCGUCCAAUUCGUGUUCAAGGGCGAUGAUGACAUUCUCCUUAUCCCUCAAAAUCUCAAGAAAGAAAUCGACAAGCUCAAAAACAGGGACGAUUUCGAAGCUCUAGGAUGUCUGAAAAAUAAACCUACACCAAUAAGAGUACUCAAAAGCAAGUAG